ACUGAGAGUUGGAGAGCGCGAGAGAGAGGGGAAGGAGGAUGAAGAGGACGGCGAUGGACAACGCGAUUCGAUCAUCGGUGGUGGUGUUGGGAUCAUUGGCGUUCGGGUACAUGUCGCUGGAGCUUGGAUACAAGCCUUUCCUUGAGAAGGCUGAACAGUACGAACGUUCUCUUCAGUCUCAAGCUUCUCAGCACCAACAACAACAAGAUGGACAAGAAGAAGGGAGAUGGGACAAUAACAAUAUCGAGGGAUGGGAGGAGAAAAACUAGAUGACAGAACCUAUGAAUGUGCAAGCAAGGAAGAAACCUUGUUGCUUCUUUGGUUUUCUUGAUCUCAGAUCAAAUCUGUUACCGUCAUUCACUCAGUCUUAACCCCAAGUAUAGUACAAUUUCUC